AUGAACGAGCCACUCAGCGUGGCGCCGCCGACGGCCGAGCAGCUGAAGCAGACGGAGGCGCUCUGUCAGUUUCUGGAGGAGCGGGGCCUGAACGAGGAUCUAGAUGCCCGCAUCAAGCGCGAGCAGGUGCUGGGGAAGCUGCAGGCGCUCGCCACGGAGUGGGUGCGCGCGGUGUCUGCCGACGCCGGGUUCGACAAGGAUGCCAUAGCUGCGCAGCACGCGCUGAUCCGCACAUACGGGUCGUACCGGCUGGGCGUGCACAAGCCCGGGGCGGACAUCGACGUGCUGUGCGUGGGGCCGCAGCAAUGCUCGAGGGAGCUGCAUUUCUUCGGAUCCGGGCCGCUGUGCUUCGAGGAGCGGCUGCGGCAGCACCCGGACGUCACGGGGCUGCAAGCGGUGCCGGGCGCGUUCGUGCCAGUAAUCAAGUUAGAACUGGACGGCGUCGAACUGGACAUCCUCUACGCGCAGCUACAGCUGCACCGACUGGCGCCGGACACCGACAUUUCCAACAACGAUUUGCUCCGCGGGGUCGACUUCCAGUCGGUGCGGUCCAUGGCGGGCACGCGAGACAACGACAAGAUCCUGUCGCUGGCGCCGGACGCGGAGGCGUUCAAGACGGCGCUAAAGUACCUCAAGCUGUGGUGCGAGCAGCGCGGCAUCUACGGCAACAAGAUGGGCUACCUGGGCGGCAUCAACCUGGCGAUCAUGACGGCGUACGUGUGCCAGCUGUACCCGAAGGCCGCGGCGUCGCACAUCGUGUCGCGAUUCUUCUUCAUUUACUCUCAGUGGCAGUGGACCACGCCAGUCAGGCUCGGGCCGAUCGACUACGACACGCAGCUGGGCCACAAGGUGUGGAACCCGGACCUGAACUACAUCGACGCGCAGCACCUGAUGCCGAUCAUCACGCCGACGUACCCAGCGAUGAACUCCACCCACAGCGCCAACCAGUCCAGCCUGGAGACAAUGCGCGCUGAGUUCGCGCGCGGGCACGCGCUGUGCCAGGGCAUCCUGCAGCCGGGCGCGCUGCGGCCCAACUGGGCCAGCCUCGUGGAGCCCGCGGACUUCUUCCAGAGCUACAAGAAGUUCCUGGAAGUGCAGAUCCGGGCGGAGAACGACGACCUGUUCAAAAUGUGGUCGGGGUACGCCUGCGCGAACGUCCGGCGGCUCGUGGAGGCGCUGCAAGAGAUCAUGACGGUGCGGCUGUGGACGGGGGAGUUCUACCCCGGGCCGGACGACGGCCCGGAGACCCCCCCGCCGCCGGAGGGGUUGUCGGCGGAGGAGGCGGCGCAGCACGCGCAGGCGGCGGAGCUGAGCGUGCGGCCGACGUGGCGGCGCGUGUACUACUACGUGGGCGUCGCGAAGAGCGUCAACAAGCGCGUGGACCUCAAUUGGCCGGUGCAGAACUUCUUGAACUUUUUAUACAACUGGGACCACUGCCAGCACGGGUCCAUGGAGGUCGUGGUCGCGGGGAAGCCGCGCUCCGAGAUCCCGCAGUGGGUCCUGCGGCAGGCCGGGAGCGCGGCCGCGGAACCGGUGGAGGACAAGGAGCCGAGCGCGGGCGGCAAGAAGCGCAACUUCGACGACGCGGCGUCGGGGAUGGCGGGGACGGCGAGCGGGGCGGUGGAGAGCGGGGAGCAGGUCGCGGAGGGCGGCAGCGGCGGGGGGCUGCAGAAGCGGCAGUGCAAGCCCGACGCGGGGGCAAGCGAGGGCGCGAACGGGCCUGGGGCGGCGGGGGAGGGUGAGGCGGCGCCGGAGCGGCCGCAGGGGAGCGUGCCGACGACGCUGACGUCGGACAUUGCGGUGCUGGCGACGGACAGCUCGGGGCACGCGCCCGAGGCGGCGCGGGGCGCUGGGAACUGA